AUGAGUGACUCAAUAGACUAAUGUAAUUAAUAAUCUUGUUUUUAAGAGGAAAACUUUCAUGGUCCCAAUCCGGUAAUGGUUUCUGAAAGAAUUUUACUUGGAGAUGGAGAUCUCUAUUAAAAAUCUCCUGACAGUAACUCAUUUACUGUACGAGACCAAUCAAAAAUUUAAGAUUUUAGCAAAGACUUAGUAGAUGUUGUCCCAAUGGAUAUGCGUAAAUCAUACAAAGGAUUAAAAAAAUCAGAAUACUAAUCAGCUUAUGCUAUAGAAGAAGAAUUAGAAACUGGUGGUAAACCAUAGUUUUUAAAACUGAUUAUCUCUAAAAGUCUACAAAAUAACUUCAUUAAUAAUUUAUGGAAUAGAAGUUAUUUAAGGAAAUUACAUCAAUUAACACCUUUUUAAAUUUAAGCAUUAGAUGAUUUAUAAUUUGAAAAUGAAGUUUACCCAGAAGAAGAAAGUAUCAAGAAGGAAAUCAAAAUUUGUGAAUUUAUAAAGAAAUUUUUCCUUUAAUUAGAAGUAUUCACACCAUAUAGUAAAUUAAUAUUUAUUUGGGAUUUAUUUUAAAUUUUCACAUAUGUUUUGAUAUUUUUUUGGCUGCCUUACAAGAUUUCAUUUUAAUUAGACUACAUAGGAUAACUAUUAAACUAAAAAUCAAAAAAUUAAAUGAUUGAGAUAAUUUUAUUAACCAUUUUAAGUUUUGAUGUUGUAAUUGGAUUGAAUUUAGCAUUCAUUUAUAAAGGAAUAAUAAUUAAAGACAGAAAAAGAAUCAUUAUUAAUUAUUUUAAAUAAUAUGCAUUUGUAGAUCUUGUAAAUAUAAAGAUGUAUAUUAGUAAAUAAGGUCUCAAUAAGUACAGUAACAAUACAAUUUUUUAUUUUAAAUGACAGUUAAGAAGAUCAUGAUAUAGAUAAUAAUUUGACACUUUAGAUUUUAUUUUGUGUUAUAUUUUAUGUAUUGAGAAUGACAAAAAUAAAUAAAAUAUUAGCAUAAAUACAAGAGUAAAUAUAUUAAAUAAUAUAUAUAUAAGAUUUUUCAAUUUAAAUGGAUCCUUAAAUGAUUUAGUUGGAUUACUAAAACUAACAAUGAUAAUUUUAUUUAUUGCACAUAUUUGUGCAUGUGUAUGGCAUGGAGUAGCCUUUUAUAAUGAUUCAUAUUCUUGGUUGGAUGCUUAUAAUUUAAGAGAUUAAGGAAAUGCAUCAAAAUAUAAUACAGCUAUAUAUUGGGCUACAAUGACAAUGACAACUGUUGGAUAUGGAGAUAUUACUGCAAAAAAUAAUUCAGAAUUAUUGAUUAAUAAUUUAACAAUGUUUAUAGCUUCAAUUGUUUUUGCUUAUUCAGUAAAUAGUAUAGGAAUAUUUGUAUCAAAUAUGUAUAAAGGUACUAUGGAAUAUAGUAGAAGUGUUACUCUAAUAAAUACAUUUAUGUCAAAGAAUAAGAUUUAAUUUGAACUUUAGACUAGGAUUAGAAGUUAUUUAGAAUAUAUUUGGUAAGAAGAAUAAAAUAUGAAUGAUGAUGAAGUAUCAUAAAUUAUUUGUAAAUUAAGUAGUCAUUUAUAAGAUGAACUUUAAUUUUAAUUAAGAGGAAAUAUUCUUAGAAAUUGUAAAGUAAUGGUUAAGAUAUUUUCUGAAAAAAUGAUUAAAUGUUUAUUAGGAUAAAUGGAAGAAUAAAGUUUUUCACCAGAAGAGAGAAUAAUAACUAUUAAUUAAAUUGAUGAUGGUUGUUUAUAUGUUAUUACAAAAGGAGAAAUUGAAUUAAUUUUUGAAGGGAUGAAUAAUCUAAAUGAAAGAGUCAAAAGAAAUAGUUUAAAUUAUUUAUCUUAAGGUGAUUUCUUUGGUGAACUUUCAUUUUUUACAGGAGAACCUAGAAAAUGUACAGCCAUUUCAAGAGGAUUUACAAAAGUAUUUAAAAUAAAAAGAGAAAACUUUUUAAAGGUAUUAUCUUCAUUUCCAAAUGAUUAUGAAAAGUUUUGUGAAGUUAAACAUUAAUUAAAAUAAGGAGAUUUUAGUUCUUUAUAGAUUUAAUGUUAUAGUUGUUAAAGUAAUUCUCAUUUAAUAGAUUCUUGUAAUUAUCUCCAUUUUUGUGCAGAUAAAGAAGCAAUAUUGAAAAAAGAACUUUAUCCAUAUAAUCAAUCUCGUUCUGGUUUAGUAAUUCGAAGUGCAAAGGCAUUUAAAUAUAAAUGGAGUCAAUAUAAAUAUAUAAUUUAAAGAGCAAAAGACUUUUAAACAGAUUUUUAUUAAUAACCCACUGAUAAUGAAAAUGAGGAAAAUGAAUAACCUUCUUAAAUGGUUAAUGAUAAUUAUACUUAUGAAGAUGAAUCUAAAAGUAUGAUAUUUAAAUUAAUUUUUCUUAGUUGAGAUUGAUGUACCAUCAACACUUAAUUAAAGGAGUAAUUCAAGAACAUUAAGCAGAGUUAGUUAAAAGCCUAAUCAAAUUGCUGUUGAAGAAGAUGAUGAUUCAAAAUUAUAUACUAGAAAAGUAGUUAAUCCAAGAGGAACAGUAUAAACAGCAGGAUUUGGAAGUGCAAGUUUAAGAGAAAGCAAAAAGUUUGAUUUAACUAAAGAUUAUGAAAUAGAAUAACCAAUUUCUGAAGAAUCCUCAUCAGAAGAGAAAGAUUAAAUUAUUAUACCAUCAGUUUCAAAAAGUUAAGACAGAACUCAAAAACAGAAAAUAACUUUUAUUAGAAAAGAAUCAUCUGAAGAUAUUGUACCUAGAUAAGCUUCACUUCGUUCUAGAACAUUUACUCAAAAUAAAUUGUAAUAAGAAAUCUUGAAAAGAAGUGCAACUCCUGAUAAGUUAACCUCUGAAAUUGAAAUAUCUACUAAUAAUAAUAAUAAUAUUAAAAGAUAAGCUGGAAAGAAACACUCUACUACUAAAACAUAUACAAAAUAAGUUUAAGAGGCUACUGAAGGUAAUUAGAACAUGACUUCUGUAAUGGAUAAUUAAACAUAUUUACCAACUAUACCUUAAAUAUUUUCUUAAUUUGAUAAAAUGUAGAUAUUUACUCAUUUUUUCCCAUUUAGCAAUUAUGAUAUAGUAAUCAAAAGAUAUGCAAGAAUAUAAAAGUUUUUUGGUAAAAAAAGAUAAUAUCCAGAAUCAUCAAAAUACUCAUUUUAUUUUAUGACAAUUAAAAAAGGAUGGAAAUUAAAAAGACUUGGUGAAAAAUUACAAGGUUUAAAAUUAGUUGAUACCAUAAGGAAACCAUUUGUAAAAACAAUUUAAGGUACUAAGAUUAUAAAAACUAAAAAUAUAUUAAAUACCUUAGGAAAUUUUGGAUAAGCAAGUCCUUAAUUGAAAGAUGGCUUAGAAAGAAAAGAUGGAAUCUUAUGA